ACUACUCUGGAACACGGAGUUACAGUUUCCGUUGUCUCGCAUAGUGUGAGCUUUCUUUAAAGCUUCGCAUCAGAGUUUUUGGGUGGUGGCUGUUUGCUUCAUGAAGUUCUGAGUUUCCAGUGAUACACUAAACGGAAUUCAGCGUGGGGAUAUUUAUAUAGGAGACCUCAAAAGACAGUUUAACCUUAUUUGUAUGCACUUGAUAAAGGGUGCUACUUGUUUUUUUCUGUUUUGGAAGAGAAUAGCGUUUAACAGUUCACACAACAAAGAGUAGUCUAGCUUGGUAGUUCUGUAGCUAGCUAGCUUGCUAGAUAGCCUACCAUACAUUAUUAGCUAGUUAGCAUUAGCUUAGUAGCUAAGAGGAGCGGCAAAGAGUUACGGAUCGAUGCAGGCCAUAAAGUGUGUUGUUGUGGGAGACGGGGCUGUGGGUAAAACAUGCCUGCUGAUCAGCUACACAACAAAUGCUUUCCCUGGGGAGUACAUUCCCACAGUGUUCGACAACUACUCUGCCAAUGUGAUGGUGGAUGGGAAGCCAGUGAACCUGGGGCUCUGGGAUACAGCUGGACAGGAAGACUAUGACAGACUGCGCCCACUCUCCUACCCACAGACAGACGUGUUCUUGAUCUGCUUCUCCCUCGUGAGUCCUGCCUCAUUUGAAAACGUCCGUGCCAAGUGGUACCCAGAGGUCAGACACCAUUGCCCCAACACUCCCAUCAUCCUUGUGGGCACCAAGCUGGAUCUGAGAGAUGACAAGGACACUAUUGAGAAGCUGAAAGAGAAGAAGCUGACCCCUAUCACCUACCCUCAGGGUCUGGCCAUGGCUAAGGAGAUUGGAGCGGUAAAGUACCUGGAGUGCUCAGCCCUGACGCAGCGUGGCCUUAAGACGGUGUUUGAUGAGGCCAUCCGGGCGGUACUGUGCCCCCCGCCCGUCAAGAAGAAGAAGAGGAAGUGUCGGGUACUGUAAGCCUCGUGCGCUACGGGAAAAAAUCUGCAAUCUGAGCUCACCUGCUGGGGUGAAGGGGGAGGGAGAGGAGAGAAGAGGAAAUGCCACAAAGCAUGUACAUUCAGUUAUGCCAUUCUCUCUCAUGCAUUGUAAUUAGCACUACUUACAAUUGAUUUUAUCAUAUGAGUGAAAUCAUACCGUUAGCUCUUGGAAGGAGGAAAACGUUAACCCGAUUCUUUUCCCUACUUGCAAGACUAAAGAAUUCCUGCUGCCUUCUGAUUUGUACUUCGGUUUUUUACUUUUCUGAAACGGUGAACCAAGCAUGUCCUUUCAGUUUCCUUUUCUUUCCACUCAUCUUGAGAACCCAUUUUGUUUGUUUACAAUCUUCAAUUGUAUUGAAUUGAGGUGUUGCCAAAAUAUGAACUCCAGAUUACAAACAUCAUUGUAAAACUUCAGACACUAAAUGCAUUUUUAUUUUUGUUCAUGAGGUUUACGCCUACACAGCACAGAAACGGUUAUUUGGUAUCUUGAAUAAAAUGGUUGUAUUGAUAGAAAAAAAAUGUAAUCACUCGACUUUUACAGAUGUUGCAGUUGCAGAAAAGCUUUGAAGGAUAAGUGUACAAUAUAGCCAUGUUGAACAAGGGGGGAUUCAGAGGAAUCUUAAUCAGAGUGGGUUAGAUUAACUCUGAAAUGCAUUACCAAUGCAAGAGGUGGUCAAACAAGAACGCAAAUCUACACGCUACAUCAUCCUAACGAGAAAUACUAAGAACAGUAUAGCUAGCCUGUGUAAGUGAGACGUUAACAGUUCAGAUUUUGUCCUCCUCUUUUUGAGCGAGCACACAGAAUUUCAGGGAGGAGGCUCAAAUGGUUCAGCCUUACACUGGAGCAGGUGUGUCUGUCAUGAUCUGCCACUCAACAGAAAAGGGGGGAGGUUCUUUAUCCGCCCAUGUUGCAUUGACCCCUCCAUUUAACCAAUCUAUGAAAGAAUAUAACAGAGGGAGCAUUUAUGUAUAUUACUGAAGACAUUUUUAUAAGUAUUGUCUAAAGAGCCAUCAUUGUGUAACCCAGGCUUUUAGCUUCACAUUGAGGAUUGCUGCACCAUGCAUUUUACUUAAUUUGGGCAUUUGACAUAAUCCACUAAUUCCACCAUUCCCAUCUUCCCAUAUUUUAUGAACAUAACAGUUCCAAUCAGAGUAAUUGUUUGUGUUCUGAGACUAAGCAAUCAAAUGUGAGCAUUUAAAAGUUAAAGCAAAUGCUAAUUUUGGCUGCUUUAGCCAUGUUGGUAACUACAAAUCACUGUUUAUUUUGUUAUGUGAAUUGGCUGUUUAUUUUUCAAGUUAUACAUUACUGUAUUUUUAAACUAACACUCAACGAUGUAUUGUUCAUUACCUCUUGAAGUUAUAACUGUUAACAUUACCUUAAUCCUAUAGUUUUAUGCAGAUAUUAUGCAAUAUUGUACUUAAGUAGCUGACUGGUAAAUUUUAGAAUUGCAAUGUUCAUUUUUUCAACCUUGGAAUCAAAUGAUCAAAAAGUGCGGGAUUGAAGCUUAAUCACAUCUUUACUCAUUUAGCAGUGUUGCAAUGUGACCGUUUAAGCAGACAUGAUUAUAAGGAGCUUUCAUUUUUUCAGGCAAUGGUGGUUUUUAUUUUCCCACAUAAUGAAAUGUAUAGUAACCUUUGCUGAAUUUAAAAAGCCAAUAAAUGCAAUUAAAACUCA